AUGUUUGAUCAACUUUUUGAAUUUAUCAAAGCUGAUUUGACUAUGACUACUACCUGUAUGCGGAAGCCAAUUUCACCCGAGGAUCGUUUGCUCAUCACCUUGCGAUUUUUAGCCACAGGAGAGAGCUAUGCAUCCCUGCACCUUCAAUUCAGGGUUGGUGUUUCGACCAUCUCCAGAAUUGUAAGGAGUACAUGCAGCGUGAUCUGGCAGAAAUUGCAGCCCACUGAGAUGCCGUGCCCAUCCGAGGAGACUUGGUUACAGGUUGCAGCAGGCUUUCAAACUGUAGCCAAUUUUCCAAACUGCAUAGGGGCAGUUGAUGGCAAACAUAUCAGGGUGCAGCAGCCACCGCACUCAGGCACUCGCUUUUAUAACUAUAAAAAAUAUUUUUCGAUUGUCCUGAUGGCGGUGGCUGAUGCUCACUCUCGAUUUGUUGCCAUUGAUGUUGGCAACUAUGGCAGUAGUGGAGAUUCUCGGGUGCUGCAAGUAUCAGCAAUUGGUAGGCAAAUUCUUCGAGAUUGUGUCAUGCUCCCAGCUGCCAGACCUCUUCCGGGUUCCACAGUUGAUGUUCCCUUUGUGAUGGUAUCGGAUGAGGCUUUUCCAUUAUUGCCCAACCUGCUGCGCCCAUAUGCCCAAAGAGAACUUGAUGCUCGCCGGAGGAUUUUUAAUUAUAGGCUGGCACGGGCACGUAGAGUUGUGGAAUGCGCCUUUGGAAUAAUGAGUAGUCAGUGGAGGGUCCUGAAUACUGCAAUCCGUUUGGAUGUGAACACAGUUGAUUUGUGGUGA